UUGACAUGUGAGGUUGGACCAAUGAUCGCACAGUUCCGACUUCCGACUGAGAACAUUUCCGCAGCAUGCUCUUGAGUAGGCUAUUCUUGCGGAUCGGACCUUCCACCACUCUCAUCCUCACCUCUGGUUGAAAGUAGGCAAAUGAGACAUCCUCGAGAACGCCGAAUUUUGAAAGAUUUUCGGAGGACGAGCUGGAUGACCGCUGCGAUGAGAGAAGCCGGUGCGGCAUGCUAAAAGCACUCCAUGUCUUUUAGCACCAAGCUGAGUUGACCACUGGAUCUGACUGCUGAACCCUGUUACACUGCAGGAUUCAUGUGAGGAGAUCGAGGAGAUAUGUACAUUCUUGCCUUCAGGUCUGUAGGACAUUUCAAGUGGGAACUGUAGGUUCAGUGUAACAUAAGUACCUGAGUGUGGAGGAAGGAUCAUAUACCAGCUCUGCUCCUGGCUGUUUUGCCCUGACCAUGGCUGCAAGAAGGGCAAAACAGAAGAAUUGUUCUGGGCGUGUAGAUGACAUUGAAUGUAAUGUCUCUGUGAAUUCCGAUCCACUUCCCUCUGAAUCAUUGCUACGGCCUGUCUCUGUAAAACUAGAACCUUUCGAUUUUCAACUCUGUGAUUUGCCCUCAAAUCAAUCUUCCGUUGUUAAUGAUGCUCACGACAUGCAGUUUGAUCUUUGGGACUUGAAAUCUGAGAUCAAGGCAGAAACGUCCUGUGAUGAACAUCUAACUUUUGAGGUUGCUGAGAUGAUUAUGAACCCGUUUAAAGACUGUGACAACUGUGACGUUAAACCUGAAAAAGGGCAAGUUACCGAGCAUGCAUUUUCAGAGGAGAGUUUGCCGCAUCUGACACCUCAGACACGAGGAGAUCACCAUGAUGAAGGGCCUGUAGUUCUGACACAGCAAGAGGAGUCUAAUCAGGAAGAGCAUCAUUCUGGGACUAUCAUAACUGGCAAAAUGAGAAGGAAAAAAAGAAAAGCAAAGACACAAGAGAAGCAGCAGAGAGAACAUCUUUGCACACUCUGUGGGAACAUGUAUGCAAGUGCAAGGAAUCUGGACAUUCACAUGCGCAUUCACACUGGAGAGAAGUCUUAUGUCUGCCAAAGCUGCGGGAAGGCGUUUGCUCGUGCCGACCGGCUGUCAACCCAUAUGAGAAUCCACACAGGUCAGCGAAAGCCAGCUAAACCACAUCAGUUUGCUUGCAGCGAAUGCGAGAGGACUUUUGCCAUUGCGAGCAACCUUCGAAACCACAUGCGUCGCCAUACGGAGGAGCGACCGCAUGCCUGUCAUUUGUGCGAGAAACGCUUCUUUGCAGCAAAUGACCGGGACAAGCAUGUGAGCAUCCACUUAGACCUGAGGCCUUUUGUUUGCUCUGAGUGCGGUAAUAGCUUCCGUCGCAAGAACACAUUAAAUAAACACCAGCGCAUCCACACGGGCCAGCGGCCAUACAACUGCCCAGAGUGUGGGAAAGCCUUAAGGUAUAAAUACACUUUAGAUGUGCACAUGAAGACCCACAAGAAAUGAGGGACUAGAUUAGAGACAGACAAUUGUCUUGUAGUGCUUGACAAUAUCAGUAACCUUAUGAAAUGUGUGAAUAAUGUUUUUUUGUUUUGUUUUACAAAAACAAUGUAAAAAGAUUUUCUUUAUGUUAUACUGUAUAUCUCAUCAUUGCUUACAUGUUUGACGUAGAAUUAGCCUUAUUCAGGCGGUGGCAAUUGUGCAAACCAUGCAUCAUGCCAAUCAUGUGAAUGCAUUGUGCCAAUCAUGUAUUGUGAUCUCGCAGCUGGAGCGAGGUUGGUGUCAUGAAGACUCACGCACACGCAGUUACCCGAAGUGAGUGCCCAAAAUAUGUUGCAAUAUGGCCACUGAGUGGAGGAACACUGUUUUGUUACACUGUUUGUAUUACACUGGGUGCCUCUCAUUUGGUCUUAUACCCUCCCUUCCUUCCUUGAUCCUCGUCUUCACUGAUCUAGAUAAAGAAUGAUGGGGCGGCAACAAUGGGAUAGUCUAUCCAGUGUUAGUUAUAGAUCAGUGGGAACGAGCCUUGAGGACCGAGGAUCAAGGAGAGAGUUUGAGAGCCACCCACAGUCAAAGAAGCCUACAGCGCAACCAGAAAGUAUUCAGACUCUUUCAAGUUUUCCACAUUUCAGACUCAUCUCAGAUUAAAUGACUUUCCCCCCCCUCAUCAAUCUACCGGUACACACAAUACUCUCAACACACCACAAAAAGCAGGUGUGUUUUGUGAAUUCAGUCAUUACCUUUGUGAAUAAAUGUGAUUUAAUGA